AAGGAAAAAAAGUAUAUUAGUCUUUCUGACCACACGAAACAACUCUUCGUUUACAAUUAGACCAAUAGGAAAUUAUUAUUCGUUUCUUCGUCCGUUGGCAGAUUGUACUCUUAAUUAAUCAUUCGAAAGAAUGGUCUGUAAUCGCCUUACGAUGGAUUAAUGGAUCUGUCAGCUGUCACGAGGAAAGUUCUUUUUUUUUAUUACUUUUCUUCGUCGAGCACACGGCCCUCUAACUCGUAGUUCUCUCUGAGUACGCAAAACGAUGAAGAACGGUUGGAUAUUUGUGAGCAUCCUGACGACGUUCGUAGUUGUCGUUAAUGGACGAGUUUAUUAUUUGCCGACUCUGGACCAGAAUCGAUACGACGACUUAACUUUCCCCGUUCCGAAUGAGCAAUCUUCGCGGGAUUUGGAUCUGAGUUUCUUUGCUGGGGACUCAAGCGAUCCUGAUAGUAAGAUACAUCCUGUUAAAAAGGUGUACACGCUUGUCGCGCCGGAAAAGCCGGUCAUGGAAGUGAACAAAGAGGAGGUACCGAUCACGCGUUACAAAUUAGUCGAAGCACCUGUUAAGAGAGUCGGAUCAGAUGAUAUUAUCAUGGUCCCGGAGGUGAACCGCAAAAUGGUGAAAAUCGAUAGGAACAACAAGGGUGAAGUGAUCUUGGAGCUUCGCGUUAUCGCUAAUCACGAUACUGUUUGAGGAAUUUAUCAGGUAUACGAACGAGCGUGAAUACUACAUACAGUGUGAUAAAAAUAAACUGAUAAUUUUAUAAAACAUAAA